GGCGCGUUGGGGCGAAUGAAACCGCUGUCCCGUGCGAGCCAGAGUGAUGCCAGCUGCUGGGGCCCUGUUGUUACGCCUCGGGGAUGCCGCUUCCCGGGACGAGAAGCAGCGCCCCAGGUUGUGACUAGUGAGAAUGACACAGUAACCAUCCGGACCAGGAAGUUCAUGACCAACAGACUACUUCAGCGGAAGCAAAUGGUCAUUGAUGUCCUUCACCCUGGGAAGGCAACAGUACCCAAGACAGAAAUCCGGGAAAAACUAGCCAAAAUGUAUAAGACCACACCGGAUGUCAUCUUUGUGUUUGGAUUCAGAACCCACUUUGGUGGUGGCAAGACCACUGGCUUUGGCAUGAUUUAUGAUUCCUUGGAUUACGCAAAGAAAAAUGAACCCAAACACAGACUUGCAAGACAUGGCCUAUAUGAGAAGAAGAAGACCUCAAGAAAACAGAGAAAGGAACGCAAGAACAGAAUGAAGAAAGUCAGGGGGACUGCAAAGGCCAACGUUGGUGCUGGCAAAAAGAAAUGAAGUGUCUGGCAGGUACAGAGAUUCUGAGCACGGUGUGGGAUGCAUCACCUUCACUGAGUUUGCUUUGAUGCUUUGCAUGUUGGCUUUUGAACAAUAGAGUUUCACAGUGUGGUUUAUUGUAACACCAUUAGAGGCCCGAUGCACACAGUUCGUGCAAGAGUAGGCCUUCAGUCCCCCAGCUGCCGGCACUGGCUUCCCUCUGGCACCUGGGACCCGGGCUUCCCUCACAGCCCCGGCUUUGUCCGGAAGGUCGUCUGGAAGGUCCUCUGGAAGGUCCUCUGGUCUAAUUAGCAUAUUAUGCUUUUAUUGUUAUAGAUUGCUAUGCUUUAAGAUAGUGUACUGUGAACAAAGGAGGAAAGGUUUUAAUCACGCUUAUUUGGGAAACUCAAAAAUGCAUGUUCCGGUGUGAAGUGGAGGAAGGUGGAUAUCCUACUUCGUAGGCACCCGUUAACUUCACUUGGAAAGUGUGUCUCAGAAAGUUACAUACUCAGGCAAUGGCUUUACUUGACACAAGGCUUGGGACGGGUCCUCUCCACUUAUGAGCAGUCUUUUCCUUGGGGACUUGAGAGACAUCCAUUCUCUGCAGCUCUGAUAAUAAACUGGCCCAGGGAACUUGGCAAAGCUUCUGUCCUGGGAUCAUCCACUCAAAGCUGCCUUUUAUCAUGCCAUUGUUUUUUACUCAACUUUUCAUCUGAUAUAAAUUCUAAAUUUAUUUAUUGAAUUUUAGAAAGAGGAAUGGGAAGAGAGAGAGA